AUGAUCAGUCAGGCCAGCCUGCCUAGUGUCCAUGAAGAAGAAGGUUUGCAGGUCACUGAAGACCCAAAAAAAGAAUAUAUUCCUACAGAAUCAAACAGAGGACUUGCAGUGGCAAAUUUGGUUGAUGAGGAUGAUGACAUCGCACCAGAAAAUCUACCGCAAGCAAAGAGUGCCGACAAUGCCAUUGCCCAGAGCGAAGCCCAACAUCAAGAAAGUAUUAAGCAGGUCAAGAUUUACCUUCUGCUUGGAAUCAUCUUUAUCCUGGCAGUUGCACUGAUUUUGAUUGUCACAUUGUCAGUACGAAACAAGCCAGGUGAGACAGUCAUGCCAACUCCUUCCCAAACUCCCAUCCCAACAUCUGUGCCAACUUCUUAUUCAGAAUACUGGCUAUCAGUUUUCCCGGAAUCAACAGUCUCUACGAUUCUGGAGGACCUAGGAUCACCCCAGUCGAUGGCAUUUGGAUGGCUUAUGGAAGAGAUUCACAUUCUACACAGCCUUACAGAGGGGAGAGUUUUACAACGUUUUGUACUCGCUACAUUCUAUUUUGCCAACAGCAAAGAACGAUGGUCCUUUAGUGACAAUUGGCUAAACCACAGUGUUCAUGAGUGCCUUUGGUAUUCAAGUUUGGAGCAUUGGUAUUUCGAGUCUGAGGCCAAUUUUGUGCUUUCACUGGAUCUCAUCAAUCCCUGCGAACAAGAUUUAGCUGGAUAUCUAGAGGAUGGUAUCUUGCAUCAGGGAGAUGGAAUCAUCAGGCACUUGUGGCUGUCCUUUAAUGGCCUGAUGGGAUCAGGGAUUCCACCAGAGCUCUACUUGCUUACGGAACUUAAGAGCUUGGCAUUGGAUGAAUUGAACCUCACCAGCACCAUCCCAGAAGAGCUCUCUGGCCUUUCAAAUUUGGAGUACCUUUCCAUGAUCAGUUGUGAUCUUUAUGGCUCUGUCCCUGAAGCACUCGGAAGUUUGUCAAAACUUUUAGCUGUUUACUUUGCCUUCAACUCUUUGACGGGAACUAUUCCAUCAUCCCUUUAUUCGAUGAUGAGCUCCAUGAGAAGCAUUAUUCUAACUUAUAAUCAGCUGACAGGACCAGUACCCACAGAACUGGGAUUGCUAACUAAUUUGCAGAGUCUAACACUUGAUACCAACCUUUUCACCGGGACAAUUCCCACAGAACUUGGUCGAUUGACUCUCUUGGAGGCUUUGUUGCUGAAUGACCUGAUGCUGCGUGGCUCUAUCCCAAAUGAGCUUGCAGUUCUUACAGACACAUUGGUUCUGCAACUGGAUAACUCCGGUCUUACGGGGACGAUCCCCAGGUGGCUUGGCAACGUGACAUCCCUGGAGGGUUUGACAAUUUCGGAAAACUCCUUUAAUGGGACUAUCCCAACGGAACUUGGCCUGCUGACAAAGAUGCGGACCUUUUGGCUUGACGUGAAUGCCUUGUCGGGCACAAUCCCAAGUGAAUUGGGAAUGUACGAGCAAGUGGGUGUGUUGACCAUGAGUGGCAAUAGCCUGACAGGAACCAUUCCUACAGAGCUUGGACUGCUUACUGAGUUAAUUCAGUUGUGGCUACAAGACAAUGAAUUGACUGGAACAGUGCCCUUGGAGCUUGGCAAUGUUCCUUUCCCUGCACCUUACGGUGAAGUCUGGUUGCAUGGAAAUGAUCUUUCUGGCGUUAUCCCUGAGAGCUUGUGUUCUGCCAACAACCUGACUUUCGACUGUGGCACCAUGCUCUGUGGAUGUGGCUGGUGUAACUGUUCUAGUAUGAGUAUGUUGGAAGUCGAGAAUCAGCAUGCCAAUGGUCAGCUCCUGGUUGAGGAGAACCAGACUUCCACCUGA